UUAUGAGCGCAAGAACUCCCAUACCAACAUUCAUUCUGAAAACCUAUCAAAUGCUUGAAGUAAAGCUUAUUAAAUAGUUUUAAGGAACAAAAACAUGCUCACAUUGUCAGUUGGACUGCUUAGGGCACAGCCUUUAUUGUAUAUAAUCAGUAGAAAUUGGAGAAGGAGCUUUUAUAAAAUUUCUUUAAGCACAGCAAUUAUUCAAGUUUUGUCAGGUACUAUCUUAUUUAAGGGUAUUUUAGACAGUUAAACUUAUAUAAUUUCAAGAAAGUUCGAUCAAAUGACGGAUAAAUUUUUAAACACAAAUGCUUUAGAAAAGGAAUGAAGUAUAUUCUUUUUUCUUAACUUUAUUAGAUCUAUGUUAUAAUUUAUUAAGAGGAGAAAUCAAGAAGAUCUUGUUACUCCCGCUAUCUAGGAAGAACCAAGUAUUUAAUUUUUCGUUAUUUGAUAGCAAUUUAAAUUAAGGAAGAAUAGAACUUAUUUAAGGAAUGUGCCAUAGACAUCAAGGAGACAAAUAAUAAGUUGAAAGAAGAUAUGAAACUCCUAUAAGAAACAUCUUCCUAUCUAAUUGACCAGAUGCAGAACUUAAAUCACGUAAGAAAUCAUGACUAUUAUCAGUUUGUCUACAAUUAAAGUGUUGACAUUGAAGUCAAAUUUAAAUAAGUAGGCCAAAUGCUGCAUGCCAUAAACGAAGAAUUAAGAUAAGAAAGUAUCAUUAUUUCAAAUAUUUAGAUAAAAGUGAUACAUAAACUAACAAGUUUUUGGGCGAAUUCAAAUAAAUCAAGGAGGACGAUUUUCAAGAAUCUAAAGUCGGAUCUCCUAAUCCCUAUGUGGAUUAUAACAGUACAGCACUUAAUCCAUUGGAUUAUGAGUGUUUCAUAGACUCCUUUUUAUGA